AGAUAAUGAACCAGGCGACUAUCAGCUCCUAUGUAACAUGACUGACUCAAUUGAAAGUUAUGAACAAAUGACAAGAAGAUUUAUUACUAGCGCAUGUCGCGUUUGCGGCGAAGUGCUAUCCGAAGGAAUCGACAUAUUUUCAAAUAGAGGGAGUGAAUUAAGACUGAAAGAUAGACUAGAAAUGUUCUUCCCAAUACAACUGUAUCCUGAAACAUUGCAUCAAAAAGUAUGCAUAAGUUGUUGUAGUAUACUAGAGACCACACACAAUUUUGCGCUCAAAUGUCUACAAACAGAUAUAAAGUUCAGAAGAUAUUUUAAACCUGAUAAAGAACCAAUGCAUGAAAGAAGAUUUACAAAGUUGGGUUGCUCUCUUGAAAAUAAUAUUGAAGAAGACACUGAUAAAGACAAAGUUUAUCUGGGGUACAUGAUGGCUUUAGAUCCAAAUCAAGCAAAUUUGGAACUGGAUCGAUCGGAAAUUAUUUCCCACGAUUCGGAAUUGAGCGACACGGCCUUGCAUAAUCUGAAGUUCCCAGAUAGUUCUGACAAUGAGGUUCACCCAGGCUUGACUACUUUUUUCCAAGUCCUACGUGAACCCGAAGCAAGUGACAAUUGUUUUGAGUGUCCUCAAUGUGGUGAAAGCUUCAAAACACAAGAAACUUUCGAUAACCAUAAAAUAAUUUGUGAUAAAAAAGACGAACCCUACAUUCUAAAUGCUGAGAGUUCGGAUUGUUUAGAUUCAUCAUUCAAUGAAGUUGAUGUCUUAUUCGAUCCGUCUGGUAUGGAGCGAACUUGCGGAUACUGUCAGACCAUUUUUGAUACUCGAAAAGAGAUGCAAACUCAUGUGGCAGAAACUCAUGUGGGUCAGAGUUUGUUUAAAUGCAAUAUUUGCGAGAAAGCCUACGAGAAAUGGUCUAGUUUGGAUAUUCAUGCAGCUACGCACCGAACGGAUAAACCCUACCUUUGUGAUCUGUGCGGAAAGAGCUUUAAACAUUCAAAUAAUUUAAGGGGUCACAAAAGGAUUCAUCUGGAGGACUCGAAGAAGAAGAGACAUGUCUGUGAUAUUUGCGGAAGCGCCUUUAGAUCUAGGUUUCACUUGGGCGAACAUAUGCAUCAGCAUACUGGCAAAAAACCGUAUGCUUGUGAUCAAUGUGGAAAAUCUUUCUUUAAGAGAAUUCAAUUAAGGCAACAUAAACUUUCUCAUGGAGUUAACAAACACAAAUGUCCUGUUUGUGGAGUUGCGUUUAAUAGAAGGGGAAAUAUGAAAGCGCAUCUCAAAAGGCAUGAUAAAGGCGAUGGACUCUAUACUUGUAGUGUCUGCGAGCGCCAGUGUAAGUCAAUGAGUGAAUUAAAAUUACACCGAAAGCAGCAUACCGAUUACGACAUCAUCGAAAGUGUAAAAAAAAAAUCAGCUGACAAAAUUGUUUGGUCGUGCAAAGUAUGUUCUAAGAUAUUCUCAAAACAAACUUUACUUCGGAAUCACGAGCGUGUUCACGUUGGUGAAAAAUGCAACUUUCAGUGUGACGAAUGUGGUAAGAAAUUAUCCAGCAAAAGCUCUCUAGCUUAUCACAAGAAGUCGAUACACUCGAACGAAAGACCCCAUGUGUGUCAAUUUUGUGGAGAAGCUUUCGUGUCCAAGGAUUUGAGGCUUACACACGAAAAAAUCCACACCGAAGAACGCCCAUAUACCUGCAAAAUUUGCAACAUGCAGUACAGAUGUUCGAGCAACUUGAGUCAACAUUUGAAGACGCAUUCAGAAACAAAACCCCACAUAUGUCACUUUUGCAGCAAAGGUUUCACCAGAAAAGGUGCAUUAACAAUCCACGAAAGGAUUCACACAAGUGUAAACGCGUUCCGCUGCUCAGAUUGUGAUAGAACUUUUUCACAAAAAAAAGACAUGGUAGACCAUAUGGAAAAGCACCAAGGUAAAUCUAUACAGCAUAAGAAACGCGAUGAAAUCUUCACAUACGCAAAAGACAAUCUUGAACUGCUUAUCAAACCUUCACAAGUCGAGCCUGACUCGUCCAUUAUUCAAAGCAUCGUCAUUGUUCCCCAACAGUUAGGGCCCUGAACAUUUUGAGAUACGUCACUAUCAGGAGGUGUGGCUUGUCCCGAUACAAUGAGGCCUACGAACGUCAUAUUCAUGAGUGCGGCAGAGACUUAUGCACCAUUUUUUACAGCUGUAAAAUGCAAGAAAUCCGGUCUUACAUUGCAAUUAAGUUUCAGGAAAUCAUCACGACGUUUUUUGUGGUAUUUGGAUAAUGACAACCUCCUUUUUUUUGCAAAUAAUAAAGAGGUAUAAUCUUUGCGUUGUAAUAAAAGCAUUUUAACGCUGUUGGAACAGCGGAAAAGUAACUGUUGUUUUGGAAAUUGCAUUGGGGACAUAACGCACCUCAAUGGCAUUUUUACUGUUUGGAUUAAUUUGAUAGAAAAAAUAUAAUAUGGUGAAUAAUAUAAUUAGUUUCUUGAUUUAUAAACGUAGAAAGUACUCUUUUAGAGGAAAUAAAAUUCCAUAACUGGAAAAAAAAUUUUUAAUACCAUAGACUUUAAAUUGUGAGAAAUAUGCGGAGAAUUAACAAAACUCGAAACUUGUGAAAACGAAAUAAAAUUAUAAAAAUACAGAAAUGCUUUUAAAAUUUCGUGCAAUACUUUACAAAAAAUGAGUGAUAUAUUUUUAGAAUUUGUUGGAAACAAAACUUUUCUGUCGGCUGACAAUCAAACACAAAAUGUCGUACAAGUAUUUGAAGAAUUUUAGAAAAAUUGAGUACUUCUACACAAAUCUUCGAGUUAUCGUAAAAUAUAGACUUAAUUUGCUCUCGAUUAAUGAAUUAUACACAUUAAUAUUUAGAUUUUAAAAAGUGUGAAUUUAGGCAUUCCACUAACUAAAUCCCAAACGGUUUCUCGUAUUUAUCGGUAAAAUUGUCAUAAACUGUCUUUGUUUGUAGAAAACAUGAGAAUAUUCUCGUAUAUCUGCGAUGAACAGGAAUGUGUUUUAAGCUAUGUUAAUUUCCCCCAAUGUAAUCAGCGUUGCCCUUGUUCAAUGUAUUUAAAGUAGUUCGUAUUCUGAAUAGACUGAAAUUUUCCUCCUGCAUGUUUUGUUUGGAAACAUUCAACGUCAAAUGAUUUAUUACGCUUCAAAAAUGUAUGACGCUAUACGUUUUAGUACAAAUAUUUAUUUAAAUAUGUAAAGCCUUUUUCCUCGAUGUUCGGUAUUGGGAAGUAAGCCUAAGAAUUUUAUAUACGCUUUAAUUCUAGCAUAUAAUCUUUUUAUAUAUAUACCAGGUGUAUACAUAUGAAACCGGUAUUUUUUCAAGAAAAAAACAGAUUUAUUUCAAGAGAAUGAUAACAAA